GACUGCCCAUUUGUGUUUGUGUCCGCAGUGCUAUUAGAUAUCAGGAAGUUCCCACCCACCACAUUCUGUAACGUUACGAGUCUGAGUGACAGCAGAAAAGAUCAUCUAACGUUGUUACAGGAAAAGCAAAAGUUAAAAUGUCUGGAAACCUCCUGAAAAAUCCAAAUGGAGAUGAUGAUUUUGAACACUGGGAGUUGACUGAGAAUGGCGGAGAUGAGUGGACGACUGAGGAGAUGCCGGGAGAUUGUGUGAACACCUUCUAUGAUGAAUCUGUUAAUAAAUUCUUCUGCACCUCCUUUGAGCUGUGCCUAAAAAGACAAAUGAUCGACCUGUUGGCCGAGGGUUUCGACCCUGAAAAUCUAGACUUUGUACAGCCGGCGGUCACUGUGGAGGACUGGUACACCAGCAGAACAGACUGUGGAUGUAUUUAUAAGAUUACUGUGACCCUGCUCGAUGACAGCCAAGAAGUCAUUGCUAAUUUUCAGCCGACUGACGUGACUGUGGACCCUGAUACAGAUGAUUGCUCUUGGAAAAAGGUGACGCACACAUUUACAGACUAUGGUCCUGGUCUGCGGUUUAUCUCUUUUGAACAUGGCGGUCAAGACACCAAGUUUUGGAAAGGCUGGUAUGGAGUUAGGUUGACGGGGAGUUCUGUUACCAUAGACCUCUAGAGAAGUUGCCGAUUGGUUUAAAGUGACCAAUUCUCUCAUAGCAUGUGUGCAUACUGCUUGAAUAAUAGUCAAAAGGGGUGUUAUAAAAAGACCUGCACUUUAAAUGAAACUUUAGAAUAUAAAUGCAAAAAAAUCGAUAUAGUCAUUAAAGUCGAUAUAUUAGAAAUGAUGAAAAUAUUAUUGUAUCAAGAGCUUAAAUUGCAUUUAAGCCAGAGCAAAUCUAUAUAUUACUACUAUAUUAUGUUUACUAAUGCUUUUCUAUUGCAGAUACUAAUUUAAGUAAAUGUGCACUAAAAUUAACUUCAUAGUCUCAACAUUAGAAUGAUGUCAAUUGUCAAAUAUGUCAAAAAUAAUAAAACGUUAGAAAUAA